GAUAAGUGAUCAUUUGGUGUAUUACGUCAUCCUACAGGUGAAAGGACACAGAAGAGAAGAUGGACUGGGGAACUCUGCAGGCUGUUUUAGGAGGUGUAAAUAAACACUCCACCAGCAUUGGGAAGAUCUGGCUCACAGUCCUGUUCAUCUUCCGUAUCAUGAUCCUGGUUGUGGCUGCAGAGAGAGUCUGGGGAGAUGAGCAGCAAGAUUUUGUCUGCAACACGCUUCAGCCUGGGUGCAGAAAUGUUUGCUAUGACCACUUUUUCCCCAUCUCUCACAUCAGACUCUGGGCCCUGCAGCUGAUCUUUGUUUCCACACCUGCGCUGCUGGUGGCCAUGCAUGUAGCUUACACCAGACAUGAGAAGAAGAGACGAUUCAGGAAUGGUGAGAAAAUAAAUAUCGAAGAGCUCAAAAAUGAAAAGAUUCACAUUCGAGGGCCCCUUUGGUGGACAUACACCAGCAGCAUCUUCUUCAGGAUCAUCUUUGAAGCAGUCUUCAUGUAUGUGUUCUAUUACAUGUAUGACGGGUACCAGAUGCCUCGCUUAGUGAAGUGCAAUGCCUGGCCCUGCCCCAACACAGUGGAUUGUUUUGUUUCUCGGCCCACUGAGAAAACCACAUUUACCAUUUUCAUGCUUGCUGUGUCUGGGAUCUGCAUGAUGUUGAAUCUGGCUGAGUUGUGUUACCUAGUGAUAAAAAUCUGCAUGAAAGAACCCAGGAAAACAACAGUUUUAAAAUAAUUCCACAGUUCCAGGAUUUCCUAGCUCCCCAUUUCCCUCAAACUUUCUUAGGUGUCAGAAAGCAAUAAGCAAUGUUUUUACACUCAAGGAAAAAGAUAAAAAUAAACAAUCAUGUUUUAAAAACAGUCUUCCUGGGAAGCUGCCACUGAGGAAGGUUUUAAAAAUCAGUCAGUAUUCCUGCAUCCACAAAUUAGAGCAGCCUUCUGGCAGCAACUCUUCCAUGCAUGCCUGCUGCUGGGAUCCUGUUGUUGGGGCAGAAUCACUUUUCAAAGAGGAGACUUUAGUGCCCAAAGAGAGAGCCAGGAAUCACAAACAGUGUCAACUUCAGAGGCAAGCUAAUAAAGGAUUUUGGUCAAAAAUGGGGUGAAGGGUUUGGGGGUGGGGGAAGGGGUAAUUUACAGUUUGUGAAAGGGAAGAAGACAGGGAAGUGACUGUGUUUAUAGCACAUGUCCUGUUCUCUCUGGAGGGCAAGGGAAGGGCUUAGGAACACAGGUACACCAUGGCAAUAUGUGCUACCAGCUCCGCUGACCAUCAGUGAUGGGUUUUUUUUCCUUUUUAUCUCCUUACCUACACUGAGGAGCAUCUCCUAAAGAGUUGG